CGAUCGACGGACACGAAAGAGAGUGGCUUCUCUCAGUUGCUCUUGCUCUCGGUAGCUCUAGAAAGGACGAAACCCAGUCCAUUACCGAACCCAAAGCCGGAGGGAUCCGCGAAGAAGAAGAGGAAGAAGAGAAGGAGCAAUGGGGAAACCCUCGAGCUCAUGCUUCAAGAUCAUUGGCUGCGGCGGCGGGGAUGCCAUCGACGACGACGACGAUCUCGGACCGGAAGAGGCCAAAGCUUCAUCGGAUAAGCACAGGUGGAGUUUCUAUAAGAGAUCGUCUAAGCAUCGAGUGCUAAGCAACACUGUGAUCUCAGAACCUGUAUCCAUUUGCUCUAGCAAGCAAAGUCAAGAAGUCACGAUUACUAAUUUCCAUUCACCGAAAUAUGCUUAUCCGGAGAAAGUCCAAAUACAAGAAAGGCCAAUUGAAACCUCUCCAUUACCAUCGGAGAUAGUAAGUACCGAAGCUCCUCCAUCGAGUUCUAACAGAAGUACAGAUACAGUUGGUCCUGCCAUCAAUGAAUCUGAUGCUGUAAUUGUUCAGUCUGCUAUAAGGGGAUAUUUGGCCAGGAAAAAGCUCCUUAAACUUAAGAGCGUUGUCAAGUUACAAGCUGCUGUACGUGGACAUCUGGUGAGAAGGCAGGCCAUUGAAACUUUCCGGUGUAUUCAAGCCAUCAUAAGAAUGCAAGCACUUGUAAGGGAUCAUCAUGCUCGUCAAUUAGUUGAAAAAUCUUCUCCAGAAGAUAAGAACUUCCAGGGAAAGGGAGACUAUUUUGAGAAAUCAAAAACAUCAAUCGAGAAAUUACUCUCCAAUAAACUUGCUCGUCAGCUUCUGGAGACUACACCGAGGUCAAAAACUAUAUAUAUAAAAUGUGAACCGUUGAAGUCUGAUUCAGCAUGGAAGUGGUUGGAGAGAUGGAUGGCUGUAACGUCAUCAGGGCUAAGCCAGCAACAUGAGGAAAAUCUCAACCAAGAUAGUUGUGCUCUAGAUGGGAAUGCUAAAAUGGCAGAUGAUGACUCGGCAACAGAGAUCACACAUUCAGAUUCCUCAGCAUUAUCUGAUUCUAAGUUGGCUCCAACGGAAUUAGUCAUGACAGAUGAUGGCAAAAAUAGUUUAACUACAGAAAGUAUUGGUAGCUUUGGCUUUCAAAAUCCAGGAAUUGCUCCAGAUAAGUCCUCCAAAUCUUUAGGGGAGAGUGAUUUUGAAAACAAAGAGUUAAAAAAUGAGGUCUUGAACAUCACAGUUCAAGAUUGUACAGAAACUGAGAUGGCUAAUGAGGAAAGUUUGGAUUCUAUAUCAGACAAUAAACAAUUGCAACCAAAGAUGAGUUCAGAAAUCUUAGUUGAUUCUGUACCUGAUAAGCUUGAAUGUAAAGUCAACUCCAACCAUACCAAUGAAAGUGCAUCGUCUGAAACACUGGAGAAUGAAGGAAAGAAAUCUGUAAUUGGUCCAAGAAAACCACGCAAUCCAGCAUUUGCUGCAGCUCAGUCAAAGUUCGAAGAGCUGAGUUCAGUGUCAACUGUUGGUCGGUCUGUUAGUCCUGUUUAUCAAACUGCUGUGUCAAAAUCAGAAACAGAGAGCAACAAUAUUCGAGUGGAUUCUUUUACAAACAACAACGAAGCAAUUUCAGCAGAGAAGUCAAUGUGGCAGGAUUCAAGGGUGGAAGCUGAGAUUUCAGAGUUUGGCACUGAAUUAUCUGUCUCCUCCAUGCUUGACUCACUGGACAGAUCUGAAAUGGAAAGUGGGGAAGUUGUUGAAACUGGAGCCCUGGAGAAACAUAAUAAUUCAUUCAGCGCUGAUGCUGAGAAUCCUAUUGAUAUUUCUGAUUUUUGUGGCAAUGAGAAUGACUCUCGCUUGACUUCAGAUAUAACGGUGCCACAAAGACCUCAUGGAGGUGACCAGACUAUGGCCAACAUGAAUGCUUCUACCGGCGUGGUGCAGGUUGAUCAACAUCCAGCCGAGUCUACUACUUCAGAUAUGCAGUCUCAUUUGGAAGGUAUGACAGAGCAAGCUAGGUCGCCUGAAGGAACUCCUAGGGGUCAUGUGGCAAUGCCUGAUCUACAUGGAACUCCAUCUAGUGAUGUCUCUGUAAAUGCCAAAAAGAGUAAGAAGGAUAAUAACCUGCCUACUCAUAGGCAAAGGUCUAAUUUGGUAGGUAAAAGAUUGCCGUGUAAUCCAAACAAUGAUUCAGGUGGAAGAAGUAGCUCCGAGAACUCAACAAAGGAUUCAAAAGUUCCAAAGAGACGUAACUCACUUGGGAUGGCAAAAACUGAGCAUGUCGAUCAGGAACCCAGGCUCAGUAGCAGCAAUUCUCUUCCAGGUUAUAUGCAAGCCACUGCAUCUGCCAGAGCUAAAGCCCAUGUUAGUACACCCCCAAAGUCCAGCCCUGAUGUGCAUGAUAACCAGCCUAAGAAGAGACAUUCUUUACCUAUCGAAAAUGGAAAGCAGAGUUCAUCCCCACGCAUGCAAAGAUCAGCAUCACAAGCCCAGAAGACUGGAAACAGCAAUGGAGUUCAUUCUCCUCAUAACUCUGCUGAGAGAAGAUGGCAAAGAUGAUGAAGCCUCGGGAGCAACAAACAAUCUGAACCGUACAAGUUUGUAGUAAUGCCAGUGUCAUGUUUGUGCCUGUGUUAGUUUAUUCAGUCAGUUAUUGUCUUGAUGUACUCUGUAAGCAUUGGGCUAGGAGGAGGAGGAGCUCAUGAUGACAAAUGAAAAUAUACCUCAUUGAUUCUUGGAAGCUCCUACCAUCAGGUUAUCCAUUGCCCUAGAGUUUCUGUGAGUUAUACAAGGUCGGAUGCUGGUGAGAGUUUGAUUUUUGACAUGCUAUGCUUUGUGUAUUUGUUUGCAUGUGUUUUGCAAGUUUGUAAUUUACUUCUGGUAAGACUAUGACUGUCACUUAUAUCUUACAGGCGUGUCAUAAACAUAGGGUUGGAUUGAUUCCCAUUUAUAGACAACAUCAUGCUCGUUUACAGUCUCA